GGGCGGUCCUCCAGCCCCGCCCCACCAUUCACUCCCACCCGCGGCCGGGAGGUCCUCCAGCCCCGCCUUCCCACCCCACUCACUCCGAUUGGUGGGCGGACCAGCCCCCGGUCUCGCGGUCCUCCAGGCCCGCCCCCCCUCCCUCCAAACCCGCUUCCGAUGGGGUGAAGGGCGGCCGUCAGUCACCGCCGGGGUUGCCGUGGUGACCGGGGGGAGCAUGCGCAGUGCCGGCGACGCCGCUGAGAGUUAAUCUCAGAGUGCUGACUGUACAGAGGUGAUUGCAGAGAUAAUGGUGGUGGCAGCCAUGGAGGGAUUUGAAAGCAAGGAAUGAAAAUCGUCAUCUUCCUAGCUGGGGUUUGUGUCUGCCGUGACCACAGGGCAAUGGGAUGUAAGGAAGGGAGGAUUUGUAAUCGGAAAUCUGACACCAAACAUCAAAACUGUAACUGAAAGACACCGUUUACUGUAACCUGCGUUUGGACUUUGAUUAUGAAAGGAAAGAGCACCAUUCACAGGGCAGAGAAACCGUACACGUGUUGUGGGUGUGGACGAGGCUUCAGUCGACCACCGAGCCUUUCGAGACAUGAGUGCAGCCACACUGGGCAGAAGCUGUGGAAAUGCGGGGACUGUGGGAAGGGAUUCAGUUACCCAUCCGAACUGGAAUCCCAUCGACGGAAUCACACCGGAGAGAGGCCGUUCACCUGCUGUGCGUGCGGGAAGGGCUUUACGCAGUCAUCCAGCCUGCUGAAUCACCAGCGGGUUCACACUGAGGAGAGGCCUUUUAAGUGUGCAGACUGUGGGAAGUGCUGCAGGAGUUCCAGCGAUCUGAUGUCCCACCAGCGCGUUCACACCGAGGAGAGGCCUUUUAAGUGUCCGGACUGCGGGAAGUGCUUCAAAAGCUCUGGGGAGCGGGUGCACCACCGGCGCGUUCACACCGAGGAGAGACCCUUUAAAUGCCCAGACUGUGGCAAGUGCUUCAAAAGCUCAGGGGCACUGGUCACCCACCAACGCGUUCACACCGAGGAGAAACCGUUCAGGUGCUCGAACUGCGGGACUGGGUUCAGGCGAACGUCCCAACUCACUGAGCACCAGCGGGUUCACACUGGGGAAAAGCCCUUUAUCUGCACGGUGUGUGGGAGGAGAUUCACUCAGUCCUCCACCCUGCUGAGACACCAGCAGGCUCACACCGGGGAGAAACCGUUCACCUGCUCGGAGUGUGGGAAGAAGUUCAAUCGGCCCUCUCACCUGCUGAGACACCAGCACGUUCACAACAUGGAGAAACCGUGGAAGUGUGAGGACUGUGGCAAAAGCUUCAAAGCCCCAUCUGAGCUUGAGAUUCAUCGACGCAGUCACACCGGGGAGAGACCGUUCACCUGCUCCGUGUGCGGGAAGGGAUUCAGUGAUUCCUCCAACCUGCUGAUGCACCAGCGUGUCCACACGGGAGAAAGGCCGUUCACCUGCUCCGAGUGCGGGAAAGGGUUCACUCGAUCGUCCAACCUGCAAGCACACCAGCGGGUCCACACGGGGGAGAGGCCGUUCACCUGCCCGACGUGCGGGAAGGGAUUUACUUUGUUGUCCCACCUCCAGAUGCACCAGCGCGUCCACACGGGGGAGAGGCCGUUCAUCUGCUCUGUGUGUGGGAAGGCGUUCACUAUUCUGUCCAAUCUGCAGAAACACCGUCGGGUUCACACCGGGGAGAAGCCUUUCACGUGUUCUGCCUGCGGAAAGGGGUUCGCUCAGCUGUCCCACCUGCAAACACACCAGCGUGUUCACACCGGGGAGAAGCCGUUCACCUGCGCCGAGUGUGGGAAGGGCUUCACCGAGCCGUCCAAACUCCAGAUACAUCAGAGAGUUCAUUCUGGGGAGAGGCCGUUCAUCUGCUCUGAAUGUGGGAAGGGCUUCACUCUGUCCUCCACCCUGCUGACUCACCAGCGGGUUCACACCAACGAGAGGCCAUUCGUCUGCUGUGACUGCGGGAAAGGUUUUAAGGAUUCGUCCAGCCUACUAAUCCACCAGCGGGUCCACACCGGGGCGAGACCCUUCGUCUGCUCCACGUGUGGGAAGGGCUUCACUCAGUCGUCCAGCCUGUUGACACACCAGCGAGUUCACUCCGGGGAAAGGCCAUUCAUCUGCACGGAGUGUGGGAAGGGCUUCACUCAGUCAUCGAACCUACGGGCACACCAGAGAGUUCACAAGUGAUGACGAGGGGUCAGAUCCGGCGGAUAGUAUUGCUGAUGUUGGGACAGUGCAACAGGCCUGAGGCAGAAAUCUGUGCAGGAAAACGCAAUGGCGUAUUGAAGUAGCAGUUGACGGGUUCAUGUUAGCGGACUGAGCCGGGGGUGAUCCGUAAAGCUGCCUCUCUUUGGUUCAGGGAAAAUUUAUCCUCAUUUCAUAGCUUGGCUCAAUCUCUCUCCCAGCUGCAGAGGGAACAACCUUAGUCUGACGGUCUGAAAUGCAGAAGACAGACGCGUCCUGUCGAGAAAGCCACAUCUGACAUCUACCGGAAAUCUCAGCACAACCGAGGGGAGGGUGAGCAAAUGUUCAGGCCGGACAGACCGACCCGUCACUGUGCUGUUUUGGUAAAGAUGGCCUUCACAUUCAGUUGGGAUACCGGUCUGAGUGGGUAGAUAUUAUGUGCCCCCCUUUGAAGCCAUGAACUUGGGGAAAUUUCGUGAUGAACUGAAGAGCAGGUCCCAAACACGUGCAAGCCCUUGAGAGAACAGCCAGACGUCAAACGGUGAAUGUGGCCUGGGGACCGAGACAAUAUUGUGACAUCAUCAAGGCAGUGACACGUCGUCCAGACCGAAAGGUAACUUGAAAUGAUCGGGAGAGAAUUCAACUGGCAAGGAAUGGUCAGAGAAUGAGGGAGACGAAUGUGCAAGGGAUGACGAUACUUGCACCGAGACAGGUAAAUCCUGUGCCCCACACCUCCCCCUCCUCACCUCCAUCCAAGGAUCCUUCCUCAUCCGACAGAGAUUUACCUGCACUUCCACACACGUCAGCUACUGUGUCCGUUGAACCCGAUAUGGUCUCCUCUGCACUGGGGAGACAGACGCCAACUUGCAGAUCGUUUCAGAGAACAUCUCCGGGACACCCGCACCAACCAAUCCCACCGCCCCGUAGCUGAACACUUCAACCCUCCCUCCCACUCUGCCAAAGACUUGGGCGUCCUCCAUCGCUAAACUCUAACUAUCCGACGCCUGGUGGAAGAACGCCUCAUCUUCCACCUUGGGACCCUCCAACCACAUGGAAUCAAUGCGGAUUUCACCAAUUUCCUCAUCUCCCCUCCCUCCACCUUAUUCCAGAUCCAACCUUCCAGCUCGGCACCGCCCUCAUGACCUGUCCUACCUGUCCAUCUUCCUUCCCACCUGUCCACUCCGCCCUCCUCUCCAACCUAUCACCAUUACCCCCACCUCCAUCUACCCAUCAGCUACCUGCUCCCCAGCCCCCCCUCCCAUGU